AUGCUGCAAGCACGGGCUGCUGGUGUAGCAUACUCGCAUCCAAUGACUAAUCUUACGAGUCGAAUGGCCAUUUUUGGACCAAACGUGAUGUUCGCGGAUCUAAGAUGUUCUCCAUCAUGUAUGCGUGCUGGAGUACCUGGUACAGUGUCCAUCUGUCCUCCAGAUUGCUUUGAGUACAAAGGAACACUUGAUGUUUUAUACAAAAUUAUUUGGCAGUUAAAAUUGUGCAGAAGCAUUUCUUAUGCUGCAGUUGCUGCUCAUGUAGAUCAGACUAGCAGGAGGAAAUUAGCACCUUUCCAGGUUCCUUUGUUACUAGGCAUUGGGGAAGAAGAUACAGCCCCGACUAAGGCAACUGAAAGUGGCGAUACUGAUCUUGUUUAUCUUGUUCUCUUUCAUAUAUGGCAGAAGAGACUAGCAUUGGAAUUAUUUGGAAUGAUACAAGCUAGACCUAUUGCGCACGAUCUAUUCAUACGAGACUCAAGAUAUCAUAUUUUGGCAUGGCUAAAAGCUUUGGAGGAAACGAGACUCAAGAAAAAGUAA